AUGAAUUUUAUAUGUUUUCUAUUGUUUUUUAAAAAAGCAAUAUUAUCAGACGUUAAUACACACGGGGACUUUUGUACUCUUAAUCAUUCAAUCGAUUCUAUAUUGAAGGAUAAAAAGUGUAAAGAUAAUGGUGAAUACAUCCAAAAAGAAUGCAUUGAAAAAAUGGAAAUUGAAAAAAAAUGUGAUGCGACCGUGGACUCAGAUGAAAGCAGUAUAGAUGUGGGAACUGAAGAGUUUGAAAUAGAAUAUUUACAAAACGUUUAUACUACCAAUAAAGAAUUGAAACAAGAUGAAUGUAGUGGUGAUACUACUACUACAAUUUUACAAAGUAUUAAAAAUAACGUUUCAAAAGACUCUUACGAGAAUAAUUUAACAAGAUCUAGUUAUCCAGAACUACUAGAUUUAGGCUGUAAAUCUAAAAAUAAUCUUGUUUGUCUGCGCUCAGAUGCACUACCACUAGACAAAACAGUUGUAGGUAAUUCAGAUAAAAAUGCAUAUUUAAAUCUCCCUGGAACUUCAAAAGACAAUAAUACUACUGUUGUAAAUUCAUGCAUUUCUGUUGCCCCUACACAAACAGAUGGUGCCUUUGAAAAUUGGUUUUUAUCAUCUUGUCCAUAUUGUAAGUUUUCAUCUUUUGCAACAUCUUAUGAUACAAUUUUGCACUAUGAAGAAGAACUUGAAAACCUCUUAAAAAAGCUUGAAAAAAGAUUUAAAGAUUUAAUUGAAUCAGGCAAUUUGCCUGAAUUUAGUAAUAACUACAUUUUAGAUGCUUCUAAGAUUUCAGAUAAUGAAUAUUUUCAUUUUAAAAAAAAGUUUACAAAUUUUUAUAAUAGAAUUUAUAGACCAAAAAAACGUAUUGUCAAAUGUGUCUCAAUUAUUUUUGAACAACUUAGGCACCAGCAAAUACCACAGCGUCAUUGUAUUUUGAUAAAAAAUGUUCUUAACCUUAUAUGGCAAGUUUUUACCUUUAUCAGUGAUUGCAAAUUUAGUGAGAUCAAAAAGUUAAUUAAGCGGUAUUAUUUUGAUGAUAGGUUAAAAUUUCAAAAAUAUAAAUUUUCAACUUUAUUUUCGGAUUUAAUUUUUUUUGAUAUGAUUGCUUUAAUAGAAAGAAUACUAUACCAAGAUCAGCAUUUUGAUUAUAUAAAGGAAAGUAUAUUAAUUAAAUAUCUUGAAAAUUUAAAAAAUCAAAUUGCACGCAUAUUUAAAAAUUAUAAAUACUUUUAUAGUGAUUUAGAUAGUUUUAUCAAUUUUUUAAUGAAAUUUAGAAAAGAAUAA